CCUCACUACCUUAGUCCACAAGCAAUCAGCGAGCCGGCCCUCAGCGCGCUGUUGCCGUCUCGUCCCUGCUUGAGUUACUUCAGUUGAGCCGAAAGUCAUCCAAGGGAUGCUCUGUCCGCAUGUUGUCUGACAGGAGUCGCGCAAUAAUGAACAACGCCGUCUGACUACCGCGUGGGGUCUGGUUGGCAUUUAUUAAUUGAGUGCGUACGUACCGACAAGUUGUAUGAACAUAAGGCCGGACACGGUCGAGAGCGAGAAUGCCAUCGAGAAUCGGAUGUUGGGAUGCGGCAACACUGCAUACACAUACAGAAGAACACAUCCAAGGAGACACACGAUCCAGCAGCUUCCUCCUCACCUCUUUCUGCAGCAGCCCGAACGUUAAACUCCUGCAAGAAAACCGGCAGGCCGGCGUGUCGGAUCAGAAAUACAAUUCACAGUCGUAGCGAGCUUACUGGAUGGUUGAUGAUUCCAGGCACACCGGCGGUGAUGAGGCCCUCAAGGAGAAGCUCAAAGACGCUCGCGAGCACAAUCUGGUCGUACUGGCUCUCACUCAAGUUGGCCACAAAGUUGUCGCUCUGCAGCCGCAGCCCGAUCGUCAUGAUGAGGAUGCCUACGAUGCUGAGAAUGUCCACUAGCUGCUGGACCAGGAACUUUUUGGCCAAGUAUUCGGCAGUGGAGCCAAACUCAAAGUGCUCCUCCAACUUGACGAUCGACUUGGCGAGAAACGUGUGGAUGAAAGACUUGUGUUGCUGCACAGCCGGAGCCUCCUUUUCUGCCUUGUCGGAAGGCUUCUCCUCGUCUUCUUCAGAAGGUGUCCCAUCGUCCUUCUCGAAUUUCACCGCUGCACCGUGGAGCGCCAUAAGCGAUAAGUGCCUGGUGUGACCUUUCGGGCUCUCCUCAUCCACAGCAGCUGCAUCGAAGAACACAGAUACCUCUCGCAGGCUCUUGUGUAGCCGCACUUUUCCCAGGGGCUCGGUGUCUCCCCCGUGUAUGGAAUCAUCAGAAGAUAGGGCUGUCGCGGACUGCUGCUUGUGCUUGUCGACGACUGGCGAGGAGCCACGGGAGGCUGAGGUAGUCUCGGUCACGAGCGGGGGAUCGUUAUAGUCCCCGUGUGGUCGCGAGGUGUAGACGAGGGAGCUCCGUGAUGGGCCGCUGACCGUGUCUCGUCCCUCCCGCUGGGCCCUAUGGGCCACAGGGGAAAGGGGUGGAGGGGCACUGGAAUGCUGCAGCGCUUGCUCGUUAAUCUUCGGAUUGACAGCAAUCGAAGGCCUCCUCGCUUCCACGGCAAUAUCAUCUUUUGUCGGCUCCAUCACGUCCAUUGUGUGGCUAUCGCUGGGCCGCUUUGCGCUGGCCACAUCGUCGAAAUCCUCCACUUGUUUCUCUUUCUCCUCGCGAAUCUUCUUUUCAGCUCUUAUCUCCCUGUGGACGGUCCUCAGCUGGUUUUUGACGGCCUUGAUGCCGAGAAACGACGAAAAGCGGCGCAUCACCUCAAUCAGAGAGUGCAGAAGAAUCGGGUAGACGAUCAGCUUGUAGAAGAUCUUGACGAUCCAAAUCUGAAGGACGGUGAUCCACCCGUCGAUCUCAAAAUAGAUGAAGCGGUAGGGAAGGCCCGCGUAUAUGACCGACUGGAACUCCACAACCGCCCCCAGCAGGCUGUUGGCACCUCCAAACGGGACGAGAAACCCAUCAAAUAAUUUCUUGAACGGGAGAAUACCGACGGGAUAAAGGGCACACAAGCCCACCUGAUGAGAAAAUCAGCUGCAAAUGAGGGGGUCCAAUGAGCUGAUGAGAAAAUACCGACUUGAUAGAGGGGGUCGUCUCUCGACAAAGCCAGCACAUAGGCGAAGACCAAUGAGAAUGUCAGCUGCAAAUACGGCCCAGCACAAAGCCCAGCCAGCCGGACACCGGUCAGGAACUGAGGGCACUGGUAGAUGAGCAUAGCCGUGACGAGCACGGUGGACAUGGUCAUGGCCGCCAAUGUCACAGCGAACCAUCGAGGAGGCAUGGAGAAGUCGAUGGAAGGGAUGAAGACAACCUCCCGAAGUGACAGCAUCUCUUGCCAGAACAAGAGAGCCGCAGGGAAGAGCACCAUGCCGAAUAAUGCCAGGAAGAUGCCCCGUUUCUUGCCGACGCCGUAGACCAGCCCAAUUGUCGACCAUAGAGAGACAGCGCCAGAGAUGCCCAGCAGCGGGCACUUGCCCACCCACAGCAUCAGAUCAUACUCGCGCGGGAGGUAGAGGAAGACGAUGCCUUGGACAAUCGCCGGCACGACAAACAGCCCCACAAGAUACACAAAUCUCCGGUAUUUUGCCCCUUCGAUGGGAGCGUCCGACCGAAAGGAGCUGAUGUCUGUUGCACUUGGUCGGUGGUCUUCGACUGCUUUCUCGGUGGAGGUGACGGCUCUCCUCGCGCUGUCAUUGUCGCCGCCAUUGUCGCUUGGGGCCGUCCCGUGCCGGCCUUGCCACUCAUCGUUCAAUCUGGAAAGCAGUUUCUUGAAGUCACUCUCAUUCAGUCUGCUGGCGUCCCUCACGAAAGCCUCCAUUUCGC